AACUUGUUGAAUUGUCUUCACAGGUAGCCAAAGCAGCCUUUCAACGAAACAAUGAUCCACUUGAUGCAGCCAUUUUUUACCUUGCGAUGAAAAAGAAGGCUGUUAUCUGGGGAUUGUAUAGAUCCCAAAAAGACACCAAAAUGACACAGUUUUUUGGAAACAACUUCACUGAGGACAGAUGGCGUAAAGCAGCAUUAAAAAAUGCUUUCUCUUUGCUUGGCAAACAGCGUUUUGAACAUUCUGCAGCAUUUUUCUUACUGGCAGGACACUUAAAAGAUGCAGUAGAGGUCUGUCUUGAAAAACUGAAUGACAUUCAGUUGGCUCUUGUAAUUUCAAGACUUUAUGAGUCAGAAUUUGAAGUAUCUAGUACUUACAAAUCUGUACUACAGAAGAGAAUUUUGGGAAGUGUGUUUUCUGGAAAGGAGAGCACAGGAAAUAUGUACAGUGAUCCUUUUCUGAGAAGUAUGGGUUACUGGAUUUUGGAAGAUUAUAGCAAGGCUCUUGACACUUUGAUUAAACAUUCUUUUGAAGAUGAAGGAGAUAUAGGAGAUGGCUCAGCAAGCUGUAAUCCUGCAGUGUUUAACUUCUACAACUACUUAAGAACACAUCCUCUCCUUCUGAGACGUCAUUUUGGCUCUUCUGAUGCCUCUUCCACACACAUGUGCCUAACAGUGGAAAACGGAUUAGCUGACAAAAUCAACCUAGAUGAAAGGCGGCUUUUCUUCACCACUGCAUAUGCUCAUUUAAAAGCUGGUUGUCCUAUGUUGGCCUUAGAAGUGUUAUCAAAGAUGCCCAAAGUUGUCAGGAGGUCAAAGCCAUUCUGUAGAUCCCCCAGCUUAAUGGAUACUAGUAAAGAUUUCUCACCGUCUUCUCCUCUUAAAGAGUUGGAAAUAAAAGACGAGUCUUCCAGUAUUGAUUGGUCACAGCCAGCUUUGAAUGAUCUAGGGUCAUCUUCAGACUGCUCAUCAGGAAAACAUUCGAGUUCAACUCUUUCAUUUGACUGGAGCCAACCAAAUAUAGUAUUCCAAGACGAAGGCUUGAAGCUACAGUUGGACAGUGAUGAGGGUGAUGAGAAUGAAGAUUCUUCCCUGGUAAUGAAAGAGCUAAAACCUCUGAAGAAAAAUGAAAAAUCCUAUGAAACAAGUUCUAGCUACACAGAAUCUUUUAGUGUAGUUGAUGAAAAAGAUAUUCUAAGCCCAUCAGAAGAUAUAAUUUCUGCACAGCUGAAGUUUAGAGCAUGCCUGAAAAUUCUUACGGUAGAGCUUCGUACAUUAUCUACUGGUUGUGAGGUAGAUGGUGGAAAAUUGAGGUAUCAGCUUUACCAGUGGCUUGAAAGGGAAGUGAUAGCUCUUCAAAAAACCUGUGAUUAUAGUGUUGAAAUAGAUGAAAUACAGUGUGGAAUUAGCAUGAUGCCAGAGGAAGCUGCAUUACAUGGAAAUACUGUAGACGUAACUGACCAGCAAAAAAACAUGCUACAGAAAGGAAACUUUCAGAAAAGACAUCAGUGGCUUCUGAAAUACCAGUCCCUCCUACGAAUGUUCCUUAGUUACUGUGUUCUCCAUGGCUCUCAUGGUGGUGGUUUGGCAUCUGUCAGAAUGGAGCUAAUUCUGCUGUUGCAGGAAUCUCAGCAGGAACAGUCAAUACAGACACCAUCCAGCCCUGUUCUAGAGCAAAGCUCCGUACCUCUCCUAUUUGCUUGCACAGCUAGUGCCAAAACAGUGGUGGCUAAUCCACUGUUACAUCUUGGUAACUUGACUCAUGAUAUAUUACAUGCCAUAAUAAACCUCGAUUCACCACCUCAUCCAGAUACACAGGAUAACAAGAUAUAUGUAAUGCAUAACUUAGCAGCAUCGCUUUCGGCUUGCAUCUACCAAUGUCUUUGUGAUGGCCACAGUUACAGCUCAUUUCAAGCAAAUCAGUUUACUGGAACAGUUUAUCAGACAGUGCUGUUAACUCAGCGCAAUUCUCUCAGAUCAACAUUGGAAGAAACAGUGACUCCCAAUACACCACCAGCUCAGUGGCCAGGAAUAACAGCUCUAGUACGUCUCUUGAAUUCUGCUGGUGAGGAAGCUCAGCCAGGACUCACAGUCUUACUUUGUGAAAUUCUAACUGCAGUCUAUCUGAGUCUCUUCAUCCAUGGCCUAGCAACACAUUCCAGCAAUGAGUUGUAUAGAAUUAUGGCUCAUCCACUUAACAACAAAAUGUGGUCUGCAAUCUUUGGAGGAGGAGCUCAUACACCUAUCAGAGGACAGCAGCAAUUAAAGACAAAAACUGGUAGGCACUUCCCAAUGCCUAGCCCACAUCAGGUAGUAGUGUUCUCCAUGGAAUGCGUGGGGUUUUCGAAAUCCCUUACUGCCUUCAGUACUCAUAGUCCUACCAAGUCUGCAGGCAAGAUAAUAGAUUUAGUACUAGGCCUCUACAUGCAGUUUGCUAUGUGUGAUGAAAAGAUAGAUUCAAAUACUCCUGAAGCAGCAGCACAAACAGAAGAGUUGUAUUCUUCACCAGAUCCAGAGAAGAUCCAGUCACCUUUCACACAGAAGUAUCAGGCCUGUAGAGCAAACCUUCAGAGCACCAGCUGGCUCACUCUGUCUUCAAAAAUGGUAUAUAGUCAAGAGCUGAAUUUGCCAGAAGGAGUGGAGAUAAUAAGUGUUAAGCCUUCAGCAGGGCAUCUGAGUAGUUCUUCCAUAUACCCCGUUUGUCGUCCACCUUAUCUGCUGGCUACUUCCUGCACAGAUGGAAAAGUUCGAUUCUGGAGAUGCAGAGUGACCAAUGAAUCAUCAGUUUCUUCCAUGCCAGAAUCUAAUGUACACAGUGAUGUAACAUACAUUUGGGAAGAAUGGCCGUUACUGAUUGAGGAUGGACUCCUUAGUAGUAGUGCUAUUAAUGUUCCAGGAAGGCCAACUGAAGUUAGUUGUGCACACACAAACCGAUUAGCUGUAGCAUACAAGCAGGUAACAUCUAAAAACAACCACCUUUCUCAAGACUUUGUUAUGCAUGUUAGUAUUUUUGAAUGUGAAUCUACAGGGGGUUCUUCUUGGGUUCUUGAACAGACUCUUCAUUUAGAUGAGAUAGGCACUAUGUUAGACUCUGCUGUUAGUAUUGAUAGCAAUUUAGUGGCAUAUAACAGACAGGAAGUUUCUCUCUCGUGUGGUAAUGUUAUUCCUAGCACUAAGCACUUAGUGCACUUAGAUUGGAUGUCAAGGGAGGAUGGUUCACAUAUUCUAACAGUGGGAAUUGGAUCAAAACUUUACAUGUUUGGCCAGCUGUCUGGAAAAAUGCAAGAACAAAAUGGUAAAGAGACUGUAGCAAUCUCCCAUAUUGGCAGUACCACUACAAAGGCUACAAACUUUUCUAGGUUUGUUCUGCUGCGUUCUGUUGACUUGGUUUCUUCUGUAGAGGGAUCACCUCCUUUUCCAGUCUCCCUGUCUUGGGUGCGUGAUGGCAUUCUUGUAGUUGGAAUGGACUGUGAAAUGCAUGUUUAUUCUCAGUGGCAACCUCCUGCCAAGCAGGGUCUAGUUAGUACAGAUUCCUGCAGUAUGCCAAGUAUAACUAGCUUAAUGAAAGAAAGCCAGUCAGCUGCCUCAGGUCUGCCUCCACCAAAGCGAACCUUGACCAGAUCUAUGACCAGCCUUGCACAGAAACUUAGUGGGAAAAGAUCUGCCUUUGAUCUGUCUGCAGAAAUGGAAGACUCUGGUCUUUUUGAAGCAGCUCAUAUGUUAUCUCCCACUUUACCUCAGUACCAUCCACACCAACUUUUAGAACUCAUGGAUCUUGGUAAAGUACGUAGAACAAAAGCCAUUCUGUCCCAUCUAGUGAAGUGCAUUGCUGGAGAAGUUGUUGCUAUAAAUGAAUCUGAACCUAAUCAUGAUAGGAGACUUAGAUCUCUGAUCAUCAGUGCUAGUGGAAGUACCUCACGAGAUCCCAAAACGUUCAGCAAAACGGAGACUACAGACUAUAUUGAAAUAGACUCUGUUCCACCAUUACCGCUGUAUGCUCUGCUUGCUGCAGAUGAUGAUUCCUCUCAUUCCUGUUCUGAAAAGUCUCAUAGUCAAAAUAGUCAAAGUAAAAAUGAUAUGCCCAAGGACAAUUAUGAAGAUCUCUUUCAAAAUUCUGUUAUAAGUACAGAUGAACUUGUAACGUUUGAUGCAGAGGAAGACAGUGUGAAACCGAAAGUAAUUGAUCUUUCACAAUUUAGCCCAACUUACUUUGGACCAGAGCAUGCCCAAGUACUUUCUCGUCACUUGCUUCAUUCAAGCUUGCCAGGUCUGACUAGGAUGGAACAGAUGUCAUUGAUGGCCUUAGCAGAUACUAUUGCUACUACUAGUACUGACAUUGGAGAAAGCAGAGACAGGAGUCAGGGUGGAGAAACUCUUGAUGAGUGUGGUUUAAAAUUUUUAUUAGCUGUUCGACUUCACACAUUUCUAACAACUUCGCUUCCUCCUGUACAUCGAGCUCAGCUGCUUCACCAAGGUUUAUCUACCAGUCAUUUUGCCUGGGCAUUUCACUCAGUAGCGGAAGAAGAACUACUCAGCAUGCUCCCUGCAAUGCAGAAAGGGGAUCCAACGUGGUCAGAACUCAGAGCUAUGGGUAUUGGAUGGUGGGUUCGAAAUAUCCAUAGCUUGCGGAAAUGCAUAGAAAAGGUAAAGAUAGUGCCCUGAAACAAAACUGCAAAA